ACAGCUGGACAUUAUCCCUGGAUGUGGGGAGGACCGAACAGCCGAACUUUAAAGAUAUUUCAGCCCAUUUAAACAAAGUAAAAGCGGAAAAGAAUGAAACACACAGCGAGAGUGCAGUGGACUGUUACACCAGAAGGUGGCGGUAGUGCAACUUAAGAAAAACACGAAGAAGAGGAUAUCACGUCAUCACUGUGUGGUAGCAGAGGGCCGACGGAAGGUUUUUAAAUCGGAAAGAGAGAAAAACUCCCAGUUUAUCCAGAACAACCAGUACAGAUCUAUUCUGCAAACAGCAGAACGUUCCAUCCCCAUCCGUAGUUCUGAGAUACGGAUCAGAACCAGAACCUGGAUACAAGCAGCUGUAUUCAGCUUCCUCCGUGGGGUGGCCGAGUUCUAGAGAUAAGGAGAGGAGUCAGCGGAGGAGGUCCGUCUGAUCAGGAUCAUCGUGGACGUCUUCCACAUUUCACUGGGAGCAGACCCAAGUCAUUCCUUCACACAGCAGCCGAAUAUCACACUGAAACAUACAUUCCUGACGUUCAGAGUCUAUGGAGUCCGAAGCGGCUCACUCCGCGCCAUCCUGCGCCAUAGUGAACUCCAUUCGGGAGCGGACGAUUGCAGAGAACAGCAUGGUGGUUCUGCUGCAGGGUCUGCAGGGGGAGGAGGUCACCGUGGACCUGAGGAACGAGUGCACAGCCCGGGGCCGAGUGGUCAACGUAGACGCCUUCAUGAAUGUCCGUCUGGAGGACGUAAGGUACCGGGACCGACGGGGACAGAGCACCCGGCUGCAGGACCUGUUCGUCACCGGCAGGAACGUGCGCUACGUGCACAUCCCCGACCACGUGGAUAUUAUGAAGACUAUCCAGAACCAGCUGGCUAAGAUCCACAGAGUCCGAAACUUUGCCAGCGAAGGCGGCGGCAGGAAAGAGUUCGCCAAGAAGAUGAAAUGAGUCGUUUUAUUUUAUUUAAUCUAAUCUGGAUUCUGCAGGUUCAGAGAAUCCUCACAUUUCAAACCUGGGCUCUGUUUUUCAGAACAAUCGGACCAAAAGCUUUAACCAUGGGUCCUGUGAGGGAGGCAGGCAAGCCGACUGACUUUGACUGUUAAUAAAAGAACAAAACUGUCCAAAACAA